ACAAUACUUUUGAAUCGCACAUUUUCAAUAACUGAUUCUUACUACUUGAGAUUGAACACUAAAAUGAUACCAGCUACCAGAAUUUUUAACAGCCAGCAACAAAGCAUCUUCAAUGCUCAUCAUCCCAUUCCCAUCUCAAGCCAAAGAUUACGUGGCGUGGCUGAAAUCCCACAACAGCAAGUUUGUCUUGUGCACUUGGAUACUUCAGCUUAUGCCAAACUACUCAGAAUCAGUAACAGUGAAGUAAAGAUUUAUGCUGGCAGGAGGAGAAGGUCAAAUUACAUGGACACAGAUACUUAUGUCUACUUGGAACCAGGGAAAAGUGAGGAGUUUGUCUCAGAGGAAGAAUUGAAGAUGAAGCUUAAAGUUUGGCUAGAAAACUGGCCAAACAAGGUGUUACCACCUGACCUUGCUCGAUUUGAAACACUCGACGAUGCAGUCUCUUUUCUAGUGAAAUCUGUAUGUGAGCUUGAAAUUGAUGGAGAUGUUGGUUCAAUUCAAUGGUACGAGGUCCGUCUUGAGUAAAUAAUAUGUUGGGAAAUUUUAUGAACAAUGUUAUCUGCUUUAGAUUUUUUUUGGUUCA